CAGAUUGAAAAGACUCAAUUUUUAAUCAAGUCGUUGUCAAUACAGAAAGAGAUUGACAAAAACGGAAAAUGUUGAUAGAAAAUAACAAUUAUGCAAUUUUAAUCGGUUGUGUCGUUCUUUUUGGCUUAAUACUUUUUGUUUUAAACUAUUUAAAUAAUGUGAAGGCAGAAAACCAAAAACAAUUGGAUUUAUCAGAAAGGAAUCAAACCCGUAUUGAAUUGGCUGAAAAUCAAAUAAAUAAUUUGAUUACAUUAGCAAAGGUUAUGAUAGAGACACAAGAAAAAGGAAUGAAAGAUGCAAUAGAACAAAAAGAUAUGGAAAAUAAAUGUAUAUUAGAAGCCACUAUAACAGCAGUCAACAAAACUGUAGUAGAAUUAAAAGAUAACAAUGAAACUUCAUUAAAGUUUUUGGAUAAAAGGCUUAAAGAGAGCAAUCAGUUGAUAGGAAAGUUGUGUGAAAAACUCCAUACUCCCUUAAAUAUUUCAUUGUUAACACUUAAUUUUAACGACAUUAAUUUAAAAUCAAAGUUGUUCUAAUAUUGAUAUCACCAACAUCUGGUUUACUCCAUCAAAUGAUCACCAAACGAAUGCAAGAUGUUUUCAAUUUUUCUCUUUCCUUUGUAUGCAAUACUUAAUUGUUUAAAUAAA